AUGUUGAAAUGACACGAGAUAACUGUGUGCUAGCGGUGAUUGUUAUAAAUCUGUGCAAUUGUUCCGUACUUAGAUAAAUAAUUCAAUAAAUAAGGUCAUUCACUCGGAGUUAACCCAAAUCGGAAGAUUCGACACGUAUUUCAUCGAAGAGCGAGGUUCUUUUUAGAUGUGUAACACAUGACUGAGGUGGACCACGGUUUGAGGUUAUGUCAAGAAAAAUUGUGAGCACAAGUCCAUUCGGAGUGAUAAGGUAAACCGCCGAGAGCUGGAGACUGACGUCUGAUUGCUGCAUGCAGUCAUCCAUUUGGAGAUCUUAUCCGAGAGAGAAAGAUAACGAAAAGCUAAGCCAAAAAAUAAAGAGAAAGAAGCGCAAUGGCGUCCGAGGAGGGUCCCAACUUGUCGGGGACCCGAAGCGGGGCCCGAACGACCCUGAAACGGCCCCUCAACGCGUCUAACGUGAUGCAGGGGAUCGGCGGCACCCUGGAGGACAAGAGCAGUGACUAUCUCUGCCCGAUAUGCUUCGAGGUGAUAAACGAGGCCCACAUAACGCGGUGCGGCCACACCUUUUGCUAUCGCUGCAUAGUGCGAUCGUUGGAAGUGAGCUCGAGGUGCCCCAAAUGCACCUUCGCCCUGAGCCAGCAGGACGUUUUCCCGAAUUUCCUGCUCAACGAGCUCAUCGCCAAGUACAAAACGCGGUUACGGGGAGUCGCGGAGUUGCGACGAGGACGCGGGGACUCAUGGAUCAACGGCGACGAGGUAGGAUCCUCGUCUUUCACUCCGUCGAACGAUGGUCUGCGCGACUUCGUAGCGUCGGAAAGCGCUCAUCUUAGCCUCUCCGACGUGAACGUGAUGCUGGAGGUCCUUACGCAGAAGAAACUGCUCCUGGAGGCGGAGUCUUGCGCCUCGCAGAACAAGCUUCUCCACGAAUUCCUCAAACAUCUUCUCCGUCGAAAGGAGGAACAGCGGAACCAGCUGACGAAAGAAGUCGCGCUGAUCAAGCGUGACAUGGUCGAGGUCGAGAAGGUUCUCAGAGACAUUCAGAGCCGGUGUCCUCGCGUCGAGGACCUUAACGCUUCCAGCGAAACGGACACCGCUCAGGUCUCGGCGAUAAAGAAAGAGAUGAUCAGUCUCCUGGGGAUGAUCGACUCCGCGAUGCAGGGCGAAGGUGGGGACGAGGCUUUUCCUGCUGUUGCAGCGCGGACGACAACCGGCUCGGUUCUUGCACUGAGGAGAAAGCGGAUGCACGCGCACUUCGACGAUUUCGUCAAGUGCUACUUCGAUUCACAGGCCAAGGAGCUCCACUUUGGAAGGGAUAAAGCGGCGGCCGCAGAGAGCCAAGGAUCCUCUUCGGGGCUGAACGUCUUCAGGGAGAACCUGAUAAAGUUCUCGAGGUACAGCGCACUGCGUCAACUCGCAACGCUCAACUACUCCUCGGAUAUAUUCAACAGCUCGACCAUCGUCUCGAGCAUUGAAUUCGACAAGGACAGUGACUUCUUUGCGAUCGCCGGUGUCACGAAGCGGAUAAAGGUCUUCGACUACGGGGCUGUGAUCCGUGACGCGGUCGACAUCCAUUAUCCCUGCGUCGAGAUGGUAUCGAGCUCUAAGAUAUCCUGCAUAUCGUGGAACUCGUACCACAAAGCUCUGCUCGCCUCGUCAGACUACGAGGGCACCGUUACCGUCUGGGAUGCUGAGACUGGUCAACGUACCAAGGCUUUUCAGGAGCACGAAAAGCGGUGCUGGUCUGUAGACUUCAACGAUGUUGAUACCCGGCUGAUAGCUUCCGGCUCUGACGACGCCCGCGUGAAGCUCUGGUCCCUUAACGUCGACCAUUCUGUCGCCUCUUUGGAAGCCAAGGCGAACGUCUGCUGCGUCAAGUUCAACCCUCGAAGCUCCUGUCACCUGGCCUUCGGCUCCGCGGAUCAUUGCGUGCACUAUUAUGACCUCAGGAACAUGAAGGAACCGCUCUGUGUGUUCAAGGGUCACCGGAAGGCCGUGUCUUACGUCAAGUUCGUUAACGGUGAGAAUAUCGUUUCGGCAAGUACCGACUCGCAGCUCAAGAUGUGGAACGUUAACAGUCCUCACUGCCUUAGAUCCUUCGUAGGGCACGUUAACGAAAAGAACUUCGUUGGCUUGGCGACAGAUGGCGAUUACGUCGCAUGUGGAUCGGAGAACAACGCGCUCUAUGUUUAUUACAAGGGACUAUCGCGGCAGCUCUUCUCCUACAAGUUUGACGCAGCCAGGAGUGUUCUUGAACUCCAGGAACGCAAGGAGGAGGAGACCAACGAGUUUGUUUCGGCCGUAUGCUGGCGGCAGAUGUCGAAUGUUGUCGUGGCAGCCAAUUCUCAGGGGAUCAUUAAGAUCCUCGAACUUGUCUGACCGACUUCCGGCAGACCCUGAUGUGCCGCCGCCAUUGUCGCAACUUUACGGUCCGGAUUACACGGAUUUUACGUCAAAUCUGGGAUCGAAGGCAAGAAUAAUUGACGCAAGUAGGCUGCCUGGCGUGCGGGACAAUUUUCGGAGUGAUUGGACCAUCCAUUGGUCGCUCAAGGACUUUCGGAGAUACUUUUACGGACUCGAAACAGGAGCUUGAUAACGGUGGAGACAAGUUUUUUAUGUUCACUAACGAUGGCUAAACCUCGAAUUAACUGUGGCGUAAACGGAUAUGAUGAGUCUUGCAGGUUAUUCGUUUAGGAAUCGACUUGCCAAGCAAUGAAUCACCUGGAAAACCGCGGAAAGAGUUAAAUCUCUGGAAGAAAAAGCAGGUGAUACAUCUCAUUCAACGACACUAUAGAGUUUCUUUUAUCAUGGGGCCGGAAACCCGACGAAGAUUUCUCCAAUGAAUCUGCACAAGAAUACGACAACGAGAAAUGAAAAUGACGGAGCAGAAAAGAAGAGGAAAGGAGAACAUGAAAUUCUUGAUAUUGAGAAUCCGUAUAAUCGUAUUCAUAAAAUGGUAAAGCAAUAUUCAACGAAAUACUUGUAGUUAUUAAGUAUGUAUUAUAAUACAUGCUUGUAAAAAUUAUUUUUCGAAAUU